GUAACGGGCAGGUAGGUUAGGCUUGUAAUGUAAGGCCAUCAAUCAGUGUGGGUGGUGUGAAGCAUCGGGAUUCUGUUAUGUAAUUCAGCUUCUGGAGGAGACCGCUGUUUGUUGACUUCCCAGAAGACCGCCAUGCCGCAACCGUUCUGGCUCUCCAGCCAAUGGUUUGGGAUUCGUUUAGCCAUAGCUUGGAACAAUUGACAUUCGACAUGUCAUGGCACUCAAUGACCGCCGUCCAGGCCAACCUCAGGCACAGUGACAUGCACAAGCCUUGCAGGGGGGCAGCUCUGCAGGUUUCAGCUCAGCUUGGAUCAGACUGUGCAGCAGCUUCUAGAUGAGCUGAUCCGAUGCUCUCCUUGGGACCGCAUGGAGGAUCUCCGAGUCCAUGCGGCUCAUGCACCGUACAGAGCCUUAGAUCCACGGAGCUUGCUGCAGGACCACCUGCCUGACACGCCAUUGGUCGUGGUCCGAAGUGCGCUGCAGGUGCGGCUCCAGGAGUUUCCCAAUGCGGGAAAGUUUCUGCAAGCCUUGAGUCGCUCAGCAUGGCAUCCCAAGUCCCCCAAUUUCAACCCCCGGUACAAAGCUGAGAUGGCAGAUGCCGUUGGCCUGGAGGAGGCUCGAGAGUUGAUCAGAGACGCUUUGCUGGACUAUCCCGCAGCUUCUGGCGAUCGGUUUAUUCGAACCUUUGGCUACUUGAGUUCGGAGAUGGAUCAAUCCAAUAUACUUGAUGUUGAAUUACUGCAAAACUUUGACCCUGGCCUCAAGACUUUCCGGCAUGCAGUUGGAAUGCACUGGCUGGACAUUGCCCGUGAAGCAGCCAGCAGAAGGCUCUCGCAAUGUCCGCCCCCAAUCUGUUUGUUUGAAAAGCCACGCGAUGCAAUGAUGCCAACGAAGCUGGAAGUGAUUGGCCACUUGUUUCCUUCCACCUUCGGUCUAAAUCUACAGAACUCCUUGACUCUUAAUGGUUGGAUUCCACAGGUAUCGCGGAAGGUUGCCGUAAGUUUGUUGCUCUCAAUGGACUUGGAUGCGGACCGGGAAGAGCUCGAAGCAGAGAUCCCUUAUUGGAUCCCAGAGGACGAGAUCGUGAGGCUAGUCCACGUGCAGCUGCGUUUGACCUGCUUGGGGAUUGCGGAGGUGCAAGGCGCAUUACACGAAGAGUCCGUGCAGUUUCUGGCAAAGUUGUUGGGCUACAGCUUCAGCGUUCUGAAUGUUGCAGGUGGGGCAGGUGACUUCAUUGAAAGAUUGUUGCAGGAAGUAGCACACUUGAAGUCAAUGCACUUGAAGCGAGGAAUCAUGCUGCUUGUUCUGGGUUUGACCCAAUGUGACUGGCAGUUGUCGGGUUUGACUUCAGCCGUUGGUGUGCCGCUUCGCUUGGUCCUGUGCUAUGAUUAGGCACUCAAAGCAGGGAUCGAAUGAGAUGCAUUGCGGAAACGCAGGAGAAAGGCAGUUGCACAUUGGAUCGAAUGAAGGAGACGGCAUGAUCCUGCGCAGCUUGGAGUACGAAACGACAGAUUUCUCCAAAGCGAACGAAGCGGGCACCCACUCCUGCAUCACUCCUGCACAAGACUCAAC